AUGGCUCCUACAAAUCCCCGAAAGAGACCCGCGCCGGGAUCAAUGCCCGCCCACAACACCCAGAUGCCCCAGACACAAUCCCAAUCCCAAUCACAAUCCCAAUCCCAAUCCCAGUCCCAGUCCCAGUCCCACGCUGCACACAGUCAGACCUCGAAUGCCGACUACCUCUCCUGGAAUCAGCAGCCCGACAAUACAGGCUACCCAGAGCCGGCGGGCUACAAUACCGUGAACAAUUACGCAGGCGCUGGCAUGUCGCAACCCCCAUUCGAACAGUCCGUCCCUGCUGCCUCGACCCAGCUGGCGCGCCGGCCUGUGAAUAAUCGCCAGCUCAUUUCCAAUGCGCAGCGAGUGCAGUACGACAACUCAGCCGACGCGUGGGGCCAGUUUGGGGACGAGCCGACACCGGAUCCGAACAGCUCGGGGGCCAUAGAGGAGAGCGACAGCAUUGAGCGGCUGGAAGAGAGGGCUGCGGCCGCAAAGAGAGACUCGCAGUCGAAACGAAAGCAGAUCCCUCCGUUUGUCCAGAAACUAAGCAGUUUCCUCGACGGCGCAAAGAACACCGAGCUCAUUCGAUGGUCCGACCGAGGCGACUCAUUCGUGGUGCUGGACGAAGAUGAGUUUGCUAAGACGCUGAUACCCGAGCUGUUCAAACAUAAUAACUAUGCGUCCUUCGUCCGGCAGUUGAACAUGUAUGGAUUCCACAAGCGGGUUGGACUGUCGGACAACUCGAUGAAAGCAAGUGAGCGGAAGAACAAGAGCCCCAGCGAGUACUACAACCCAUACUUCAAGCGCGGCCAUCCGAAUCUACUCUGGCUGAUCAACAAGCCAAAGGGUGGCCAUGCGAAGAACAAGAAGUCGAGAGUCAAGAAUGAGGAUGGGCCAGACGGCGAGAGUGACGAUGAUGGGAAGGAUGUGGAGGAGAUCUAUGGAAAUAACAUGCAGCAAUCGAGAGCCAUCUCAGCUGUCCCUGAAGCCGGACCUCUACAGCGACGGGAUAUGGCGGCGCUUCAGAACCAGCUGUCAGAAAUCCAAAAGCAACAGACUACGAUCACAAAUGCCAUCGCUCGUCUACGCAAGGACCACAACAAUCUCUUUGAUCAGUCGAUAGCCUUCCAGUCCCAGCAUGACAGACAUGAGAACUCUAUCAAUGCCAUCCUCACAUUCCUGGCAACUGUCUACAAUCGGAGUCUGGAUGGACAAGGACCUCAAAAUAUUGCUCAGAUGUUCGCCAAUGGGAUACCCCACAACGACCAGCAGAACCAAGGAAGUGUGGUGGAUAUUGGAGAUGUCUCAAAUCAAGCCCAGGAGCAAGCGGGAAGUUUGAGUCCCAGCCGACGACCGCAGCGGCUACUGAUGGCCCCACCGAAACCUGGAGGACAAGCAGCCACAGCUACGCCAUCUGCUGGAUCUACACCUCAGCCCCAGUCACAAAACUAUCAAAAUACAGCCCGCUCUGCCACGAUCGAGGAGCUGUUUGAUUCGCCCUCCGAUUCGACCAACGUUAACAUGGACUACAAGCCUGACAUAACCAGACCCGAGAUGAGCCGCCAUGCCAUCCCCCAGCAAAAUAUGAUGAUGAACAUGAUCCAAGACAGUAACGCUCAGAACAGCCCUAACAAUGGCGCUCUCCAUUUCCCGGAAAUGCUCUCGCAUUACGAGAAUUCCAACGGGAACUCACCUCUCACGUCCGAACAACGCAACAGCAUGCUCAAUAUGAUAGCCAAUUCGUCCUCGGCAGGUGGAAAUAAUAAUGCCCUGACAAGCCCUCCGCCGCUUGCGCCUCUUUCACUUCAAGAGCUGGGCUAUACGCAGAAGGAAAUCGAUGAUUUGAUGCGUCUGCAAUCCGAUCAAGAGCGCAGCAUCAACGAAGUCAAGACUGCCCUCGCCCCACUCAGUCCUUCGGGCUCUAUCCGUGGCAUGGACGGCGGCUCGUACCUCAACAAUAUGGGCUCCCCGGUUGACCCGAACGUGUCAAACCUCGACCUGGACCAGUACCUCAACACAGGCGAGUUCUACACGGGCAACAGUCCAAUGGCGACCCAGAACGACUAUGACUUUAACACCUUUGGUGAUGCGAGUGGAAUAGGGGAGAGCAAUUUCAAUGUGGGGAUGGGUGGCGGGCUUCAUAGUGGAGGGCAAAUUGAGAGUUUGCAUGGCAGUGCGGAUCACACGCCGGAGGUUGGCACGCCAGAAGAAAUGAAUGGUGUGAUAGGGGUACGGAGUCCUGAGACUAGCAAGAGACGACGGAAUCAUUAA